GGUGAGGAAAAUAUUAAGUUUUCAUCCUGCAUUUCACAAAUGGAACAAGUUAUUGAUGAAUUCAAUACAAGAUUUGAAGAAAUUGAAAGUCUCAAAAGCAGUGUACUACUUUAUAAUAACCCUCUUGGAGCAACCAUUGAUGAUCAACCACCCAACUUACAGCUUGAGUUAUGUGAUCUUCAAGCAGACAUGUUCCUAAUCACCAGACAAGAAAAGGGACCUGAAUUUUUCAAAUUACUGUCAAAGGAGAAAUUUCCAAACCUGCGAGAUUUUGGACUGAAAAUGACGUCAAUGUUCGGAAGCACAUAUACAUGUGAAAGUGCCUUUUCUUCCAUGAAAUACAUAAAAAACAAAAACAGAAGCAACCUUACCGAUUCUUCCUUACGUCAUCUUAUGAGACUGUCUACAACUGAACUGGAGGUGGACAUUUCUUCAUUGGUGGAUGAAGCCGAUCGACCACAGUCCUCACACUAA